GUGAGUGUGUGUGUGCGUGCUUGUUCUUGUCUGUGUAAGGCUUUUUUUCUUCUUCAAGUUUAAAAUGCGUGCUUGUUCUUGUGUGUGUGUCUGUCUGUCUGUUCUGUUUUUAUGUAUUUGUGUGUUGUGGAAUAUAGAUAUAACGAAAUUAUGCCAGCAAUGUCGCAUUUUAAACUUGAAGAAAAAAAGCCUUACACAGACAAGAACAAGCACGCACGCACACACACACUCACACACACACACACAGAGGAACAAGCACGCACACACACACACACAGAGGAACAGGCACCCACGCACGUACAACCCAUUAGUUUUCUUCUCCUCCUCCCAUUUCAUGACAGUUGGCCACGUGCUUUUAAGCUUUUCGCGGAAACAGCCGAAUUGAUGUUUUGAAUUCGCUGAGUUAUAUCGAAGGAAUGCCGGACUUAAUGAGGUUUUACAUAAUGGCUCCGUAAUAUGAAACAAACAUUUUCAUGAAAAUUAUUUCACGCAAGUUCUCAAAUAGUUUUUCUGGUUUUGAAGGUGAGAUUUGAGGGCAGUCGUAGCUAGGCGACAGAGACUACUGUUUCAGUUAUCAAACCCGGAACUAAAUUCAAAUCAUCUCAUUGCUACAUUGACUAACAUGGAUGACGUACCUGCAAAAAGGAAAAACUGAAUGACAGUACAGGCGAUCACUUCGAUCGACCAACUGAGGUCGAACUAUUGAAAUGGUUCGAAAGAUAUGAUAUGACACAUAAAAAGCGAGGUAUCGCCUACAUCUUCAACAUUGAAAAUUUCAGUGACUCGGAACUUAAAAUUUGUCAUGGAAUAUCAAAAGACGCACAAGAUUUUAAAAGUGCGUUAAGAAGUCUUGGAUUUUGUGAAGAAGAUAUCCAUGUUCAUACAGAUUCAAGAACCGAAGAAAUGAAGGAGAUUUUGCAAAGCUUUGGCGAGGAAAAUCUUGAUGUUGGUAUUGAUUGCUUUAUUUGUGCAAUACUGAGUUGUGGUAACUCAGACGGUCUUAUCUAUGGAUACGACGAUGCAAUUGAACUAGAGAAAUUACUUUCUUAUCUGAAACCCGAUCGUUGUCCAUGUUUAAAAGGAAUACCUAAAUUAUUCUUUGUUCAAGCAUGUCGAGGAAGUAAGAUUGAUUCUGGGAUCGAAAAAAAUGAUGCUGAUUCCAAUGGAUUUGAAAAAACGUCACCCAAAAUUCCAGUUAUGGCAGAUAUUUUGGUUGCUUAUUCAUCGUGUAAUGAAUAUCCUUCUUUUGGAAGUAAAGAAAGAGGCUCGUGGUUUAUGCAAGCUCUAAGUGACAUUUUAAUGAAAUAUGGCAAUAAACAUGAAAUCAUGACACUUUUAACCGCUGUCUCUAACUAUGUUGCCUCUUUUGAUUUCCAAAGUUCGGAUAAUUCAGUAUACAAUGGCUGUAAACAAAUGCCUCACAUUACGUCGACAUUGACCAAACAACUGAAAUUUUUGAACCGGGAUCCUUAAAUAGAAACGGAGCUUCUUACAGUGAGAAUUUCUGAUGCACGCACACAUACGAAAAAGAUAUAUUCUAGAAACUCAUGUCCGCAAGAAAUAGAAAUGGAGCAUAUUUUAGGAACUUAUAUAUAUUCAAAUACAAACACUAUUUUUACAUAUAAUACCUGCAAUAUAAAUUGUUAAAUAGGUAAAUGUAAUAUUUUCAAUAAUUGCUAAUAUGAUUACAGAAUUAAUUUGAUUUUAUAAAUAUCAUCUAACUUUUUAAGACGUUUAACUAAAACUUUUUUCUACCAUAAAUUUCAAUAAGAACACAAGUGCCUUACGUGUACACUCUAAAUCUCAAAAUAAUUCUUCACUCUGAAAAUUCAACUAACAUUGUUUGGCGAACCUGACGCACUGUCACCCCUACUUCCGAAACCUACCUUUCCGACUUUUUUCCCCCACCGGAUUCCUAUGUUUUUGAUGACAGAGAUUCCGAAUAUGAAAAAAAAAAAGAAAAAAAACGUUUUCAAAAUUUUUAAUUCCCUACCAAUUUUAAUUUUUAACUUUCUUCGAAUUUUUUUUUUUUUUUUUUUUCAAUCUACGUGGAAAAAUACGGAGAUUAAGAUUAUGCAAAGUUUCAAACUGUUUAGUUAAAAAAAAUAAUUAAAAAAUCUGU